GCCCCACAGCCCGGCCAGCCUGCACCUACUGCAGACGGGCUUGCACUUUUAUGGCUAGCCCUAGGUGCUAAUACCUCGUGUGGGCAUGGCUCCAGUGCAGGAGUGAGGGGGCACAUGCGGGAUUUCUAGGGACUGAUGUGUGCCCGCCCGGGGAGCGUGUGAGGAGGCUGCCGGGGAUCACGUCAGGGACAUAGAGGUGUGUCUGGAGAUGUGUGCAAACUUUUAUCAAAUGAUUGGGAGGGAGGAGGGCUGCCUCCCGCUGUGAACGCUCUGCUCUCUCACAGGCGCCGGAUCACAAGCUCCAGACCAGGGACAUCACCAUGCCCAGCCUGCCAGCCGCGCUGCUUCUCCUGCUGCUGGCUGCCGAGACCUCGCAUGGCAGCUGCAGGAGUCAUGUUGCAGGCCAAUGAAGCGGCACAGUUCCUUCGCCCCAGGCUGAAGAGGGCUUACGAUCCUUUUGAAGAGCUCAAGCAGGGCCAUUUGGAACGGGAAUGCGUGGAGGAGACGUGUAGUAAAGAGGAGGCCAGGGAAGUUUUUGAGAAUAAUCCUGAAACUGACUACUUUUAUCCAAAAUACCAAGAAUGCAUCCGGAGGUAUUCGUUUUUAGACAGGAAAGAUCCAGGCCUCUCUACAUGUAUCCACAAUUUACGGAAUCAGUGUUCUCCUAACCCAUGCCAUGAACUUGGUUCCACUACGUGCUUGGAUUUGCUUGGCGAUUUCUACUGUAACUGCAAGAAAGGAUGGAUGGGGAAAUCUUGUGACACUGAUAUAAAUGAGUGUGCUGAGCGGAAAGGGGGAUGUUCCCACUACUGUAUCAACAAACCUGGAACGUAUCACUGUUUUUGCCAGAGUGGCUAUCGUCUGCUUGCAGACAACAGAACAUGUACAGAUAUUGAUGAAUGUAAAAUAUCACCAGGCAUCUGCGGAACAGCAAAAUGCAAGAACAUACCCAGUGCUUACACAUGUCUAUGUGAAGAAGGUUUCAUAUAUGACGAAUCAACUAAAAGUUGCCAAGAUAUAAAUGAAUGUGAAGAGAAUCGUUGUGAACAGGCUUGUGUCAAUACACCUGGAAGCUAUUCAUGUCACUGUGAUGGGCGAGGAGGAGUAAAAUUAUCACAUGAUAUGAGCACUUGCGAGGACAUAAUGCCAUGUGUUCCUUUUGCAAUGGAGAAGGGUAUAAAGUCUUUGUACCUCGGCAGGAUGUUCAGCGGGACACCUGUAAUCAGACUUCGGUUUAAGAGGAAGCAUCUGACCAGACUAGUAGCAGAGUUCGAGUUUCGAACAUUUGAUCCUGAAGGUGUCCUUUUCUUUGCUGGUGGCCAUCAGGACAGCUCAUGGAUAGUCCUUGCUCUGCGAAAUGGAAAGCUUGAGCUGCAGCUGAAAUAUAAUGGAAUAGGACGAGUGACCAGCAGUGGACCAAUAAUGAAUCAUGGCAUUUGGCAAACGAUUUCUGUUGAAGAACUUGAUCGUAAUUUGGUGCUAAAAGUCAAUAAAGAUGCAGUCAUGAAAAUAGCAGUGGCUGGUGAUCUUUUUACAUUUGACAAAGGCUUGUACCAGCUAAAUUUGACAGUAGGAGGAAUUCCCUUUAAAAGUAGUGAUCUGAUUCAGCCAAUGAAUCCACGUAUGGAUGGCUGUAUGAGGAGCUGGAACUGGCUGAAUGGAGAAGACACCUCUAUACAGGAGACUGUGCAAAAGACAGAGAAGAUGCAGUGCUUUUUGGUUGCUGGUAGAGGGUCUUUUUAUCCAGGAAGAGGAUAUGCCCUUUUCUUAAUUGAUUAUAUGCAUUUAUCUAAUGAAGAACAACAUAAGUCUAACUGGAGUAUAGAGGUCAGUGCGGAGAUAAAUCCAGCAACCGAUACUGGAGUGCUCUUUGCUCUAGUGUCAGAAGACAAGGAAAUUCCUCUGUCACUAGCACUUGUCGAUUAUCAUUCCACUACAAAAGUGAAACGGCAGUUCAUCAUCCUGUCUGUAAAAAACACUGUGGUUUGUCGGCUAGAAGUAAAUGUCUGUAAUCAAGAACACUCGGUGGAGAUAUCUGCCAGCAAAGACCACAUACAACUUUCCUUUGAUGGGACUCUUGGAGAAGUGGAGGUGUUUGAAUCGGAACUACAGGCCAUUCUUUCCACGUUAAAUGACCAUAUGCAACAGGGAGUGAAGACUUAUGUAGGAGGGCUGCCAGAUGUGGAAGUCACUAGUACCCCCGUCACUGCAUUCUACCACGGCUGCAUGACCAUCAAAGUUCAACAAGAGCCCCUGGACUUGGAUGAGGCAUUUCACAAGCAUAAUGAUAUCACCUCCCACUCGUGCCCACCCAUUAAGUCUGCCAAAUAGUUACAUCACACUUUUUUUUUUUUUAACCAAGUAUUUUUUUUAUACAUGUAUAAAUUAUUCAGCAGUAUUGUGUGUAUAGUUUCGUAAAACACUGAAAUGAUGUAGAUCCUACUGAUUUAUUUUUUUCUUUUUUUACACCGGGUCAGAAGAUUGAGAUGCUCCUUUGUUGGUUAAGGAUUGUAAUAUAUUGUAAAUAUUUCAGAAAACUAAUGUUAAUUACCCAAAAACCUGUGCGGAAAGUUCCUUAUGGAGUUUUACUAUCAAGGGAGAACUGUGGGAAUGUUGUGCAAAAGAGAUGCAAAACUGGAAAUGUAUUAUAUUUGUAAUGGCAAACACGGCUUUUUAUUGAACUAUUUACAAGUUAAAAUAAAAAUAUUUUAAAAAAGUU